AUUUCUUGAUUUCUUCUAUUAUUUUAAGGUAGAAAGAAGGCAAAACAGAUCCCAAGUCCUUUCUCUUAAAUUUGGAAAGUUGAAGUAUUUGGUUUACUUAAUCUAAAUUCUAAACUAAUAAAGGCAGCAAAUAAAGCUGGAAUCUCUCGUUCGGUUCCAGAUUAAAAGGCCACAGAAGUAGAACCACUCUUCCCUGCGUCCCUCUCUUGUUGUCUGCCUUUCUCCCUCGCUUCUAUCGGUGACAGUAGAGGCUGUUAGUGGGUUUGGCCUUUGAAAAUGGCUCGGUGCUGGAGUUGCAGCAGAUGGGUUCCUCUGUUUUUGCUCUUGGUUGCUCGUUUAGCUCUAGCAGCAGUAGAAGAUGGUCCACUUGUCAAUGGUGAUUUCGAGAAGGCUCCAACAAAUGGAUUCUCUGGUGUUGGAGAUGGCCCGACUUCUAUUCCUGAUUGGAAUUCAAAUGGGGUAGUGGAAUUGGUUGAAUCAGGCCAAAAACAAGGUGGGAUGAUCCUUAUAGUACCUCAAGGUGUGCAUGCGGUGAGGCUCGGCAAUGACGCAGAGAUAAGCCAGGACAUCAAGCUUGAGAAGGGAUCCCUGUACUCUGUCACCUUCAGCGCUGCUAGGACAUGUGCCCAGUUGGAAUCUCUCAAUGUCUCUGUACCCCCAGCUUCCCACAACAUCGAUCUCCAGACCCUUUACAGUGUGCAGGGAUGGGAUUCAUAUGCGUGGGCCUUCCUGGCCGAGUCCGAAGACGCAACCUUGGUGUUCCGGAACCCUGGCAUGGAAGACGAUCCAGCAUGCGGCCCCAUCAUUGACGACAUUGCCAUAAAGAAGCUUUUCACGCCUGAUAAACCCACAGGCAAUGUUAUCGUUAAUGGCGACUUCGAAGAAGGUCCAUGGAUGUUCAAGAAUGGGUCGCUAGGCGUCUUGCUACCCAGGAACCUUGACGAAGAGGCAUCCUCAUUGCCUGGUUGGAUCGUCGAGUCCAAUAGGGCAGUCAGGUACAUCGACGUGAAUCAUUUUUCUGUUCCCCAGGGAAAACGGGCUAUUGAAUUGCUCUCUGGGAAGGAGGGUAUCAUCUCUCAGAUGGUAGAAACCACGCCCCAGAAAGAAUACAGUCUCUCGUUUUCACUGGGACAAGCUGGGGACUCAUGCCAGCAGCCCUUGGCGGUGAUGGCCUUCGCAGGAGACCAAGCGCAAAACGUCCAUUACCUGCCUAUUGCAAACGAGUCCUUUGCGACUGCAAACCUUACAUUCGCAGCAAAGGCCGAGUGGACACGCGUAGCAUUCUAUAGCGUGUAUUACAACACAAGGAGCGAUGACCAUAGCUCCCUCUGUGGGCCUGUGAUCGACGACAUUAGGGUGUGGGGGCUGUCUGGGGCCAGAAGAAAUAUCUGCCAAGGAUUGGGCUUAGUGCUUAUGUUGCUGGUUAUGGUUUUGAUUUAAGAGUUGCCGUGUAUUGAGGGAAGUUUACAUUGAAUGUAAGUUUCUUUUUUUGUUUUUCCUUUCAGAGUGUUUUGUGUGUAUAUUACUUACUACCUGUAAUAGUGAAUUGAAUGAAUGGUGGAGCUUCAGAAUUCCAUCUCUUGCCUAGUUGAUCUUUAAAAAGUGUCUGGUUUCAUUCUCUAUAAAAGUGUAAUUAUGACUCAAGUA